GUUAAACUACAAAAUAAUCCACGGCGCGACGCAGUCGUAGAACGGUUAAACUGGGGUCGAAAAAGCGCAUCCUGAGCGGUUCCAGCAGCCCGUCGGUUGUCGACGGAAACACGAGGAGAUAAACGGGAACCUGGGAAGAAGGGGCAUUUCAAUAUGGCAGAGAAGGUAAAUAACUUCCCUCCGUUGCCAAAGUUCCUAAGAAUAAAGCCAUGCUUUUACCAAAACAUCGAUGAGGAAAUUCCUGCGGCUCACACGCAGCUGGUGCGCAGAGUUUACACGCUUUGGAUGAUGUAUUCUGCAACUUUGUGCAUUAAUGUCAUCUCCUGCAUUGCUUGGUGGGCUGGAGGAGGAAGUGCCACAAACUUUGGUUUUUCUCUCCUCUGGCUCCUUCUGUUCAGCCCCUGCAGUUAUACAUGUUGGUUCAGACCGCUCUACAAGGCUUUCAGGGCCGACAGCUCCUUCAACUUCAUGGCCUUCUUCUUCAUCUUUUUCCUGCAGUGUGUCUUGGCCCUCAUCCAGUCUAUAGGCAUCUCUGGAUGGGGAACAUGCGGCUGGAUUGCCACAGUGAUGUUUUUCAGCUACAAUGUGGGCUCGGCUAUAGUGAUGCUUAUUACAACUCUGCUCUUCACUGUGGUGACCAUAUUAAUGGCGCUGGUUCUCAUUAAGGUGCACAGACUGUACCGAGGCGGCGGCGGCAGCCUGGGCCGCGCUCAGGAGGAGUGGAGCACCGGCGUGUGGAAGAGCGCGCCGGUGAGGGAGGCAGGGUUCAACGCCGUGGCUCAGACAGCCCAAGGCCCCACUUUGCCUCAGUACCCCACGGCCGUGCCCAGUUAUCCUGACAACAGCCAAUGGUGAUGGCUGGGAGCGGCCUCUAGGGGGGGACAGACGAUCGAUCAUCUCUACAUCGCUGACAGAAGCUCUUCAAAACACUCAACAGUACAGAUGAGACGGAGGUUUUUGUUUUGUUUCACUAAAAGGAGAGAAUAGCUCCGAAGAUUUUUAUUUUAAUUCAAAAGUUUUGCCAUCAAAGCAACCUAAAACUGUUUGGGUGGUUGUCUUCAAAAUAUGCCAUUCUGUUUCUGGUUUGUUUACAUAAAGUUAAUAAAAAAAGAGAGAAAAAUAGUCUUAUGCGAAAAAGAAAAGCUUUGUUUUGAAGGUUUUAAUGAAUUGCAGACAAACACUUUAAAGGUAAAUGAAAAAUGUGUGCCUUAUGGAUCUGUAAAACCACAGGAUGAUUUUUUACAAAGCUACGUGAUGUAGAACGGGGGAUAGGCCGUUUUUAUUUUAGAAUAAGCUUAGUUUGUUGGGAACGCUCCCAUGCUUGCUUUGAUUUCUCACAGUGCGCCUUACUAAUGCAGGAUUUUUUGCAUGUUUAAAAAGCCUUAACUACAGCUGCUUUUUUUUUAGUUGAACUAAUCUUAUGCUUCAGUGAAGCAACUUUUCUGUUGGAUUUCUUACUGAGCACCGAUAGGCCAAAACACAGCUCCUCCCAUUACGUUUCCAAUUGAAAAGUCACAUUGCGUUGUGCCACAGCAUUUUUCUGUUGUUGUUCUCAAGCUGCACGGUUUGCUUUCAGUGGGUGAAAGCACCUUAUCUGCUGCUGCCAUUGCUUCUUUCGCUUUUCUCUAGAUACAGAUUCUGUUAAAGCGAGUUUAAUUACAAUAUGCUUGCAUGUAGUCACAAAAGCAUAGAUUUUUAACUGACUGAUCUCCCGCUGCCAGGAGCCGGACUGACUGAAACCUGCAUGUAUCGACUGAUUAACCUCAGUCCGACUUUGAGUUUGACUCGGCUUUUGUCGCUCCACUACUAUCUGCUCUUUUGUGCGUAAUCAAACUCCAAUCUUGGGCCUGCCUUGACGUCCAAAUCAAAACUGAAAGGAAAAAAAAAAAAAACGUGCCUGCAUUGUACAUUUGACAUUUUAUUUACCUUCUCUUGAUACUGAAGUGUCCUUCCGGGGCGACUGCCAAAUGUAAUGGUUUAAAUCUUCUGUAUUUUGGUUUUCUGAAAAUAAAGUGGUUGUGUGAAAGUUUCCUGUA